UUCCCCCCGAAUCCUCGCUCCAUCUCUCCCGUGAACCUCACAGCUCCCAAUCCCUCACUUAUAAACCCCACAUUUACCCAAUUUCUCUGCAAAAAUCCCCGAUGAAGCCCAACCUCUUCCUUCUCCUCCUCCUCCUCUCGCCGGCGGCGAUAUCCGGCGGCCAGAACUACGCCGACGCGCUAGCCAAGUCGAUCCUCUUCUUCGAAGGGCAGCGAUCUGGCCGGCUCCCUCCGGAUCAGAGGGUCAGGUGGCGGGGAGACUCGGCGGCAUCCGACGGCUGGGAAGCGGGGGUCGAUCUGGAAGGCGGAUACUAUGAUGCCGGAGAUAAUGUGAAGUUCGGAUUCCCGAUGGCGUUCAGCACGACAAUGCUGGCCUGGAGCGUCGUCGAGUUCGGCGAAUUGAUGCCCUCCGACGAGCUCGCGAAUGCCGCCGCCGCCGUCCGGUGGGCCUCUGAUUAUUUGCUGAAGACCAUCGCUUACCCCGAUCGUGUGUACAUUCAGGUUGGCGACCCGAUAAGGGAUCACAAUUGCUGGGAGAGACCGGAGGACAUGGAUACUGCACGGACGGUGUACAGCGUGAGCUCCGAGAAACCGGGGUCGGAUGUCGCCGGAGAGACGGCGGCGGCUUUAUCGGCGGCGUAUCAGGAUGAGCUGCUAUGGGGAGCUGCAUGGCUACGAAGAGCCUCUCAGAACGACUCUUUCCUCAACUACAUUCAAAACAACGGCAAAACUCUUGGAGCUGAAGACAACAUAAAUGAAUUUGGAUGGGACAACAAGCAUGCAGGCCUCAAUGUUCUGGUCUCUAAG